UUUAUGAUGCCCAGGAGUCAGGACUCAGGAAUGGUUGCUGGAACAUGGAGAUUGGAGUAUCUCCGUUUCCAAAUUAAAACCUUUUAUGCAUGUUUUCAGAACCCUCGUUUCCGUUCAAGGCCAUCUUAAAAAUUUGAAAAACCUGUCCAAAGAAACCUAAAAGUUGAAUUUUGCGGAAAAAAACAACUUCUUAAGCCAUUUUUGAAAAAAAAAAAACACAAACUUAAUUUUGUUUGCAAGAUGGAAUUCAUUCCCAUUUUCCGUCUGUAUUUUGAGAUGUAUAGUGGUGGUCAUUCUAUCUUUUUUUUUUUACCCCUUAUUUCCAUUAACUGCAACACAACUCCUAUGCAACUUAAAAGUCACAUCGAACAAUAGAAAUAGAUUUCAUCUUGAAAAAAUAAAGUUUGUUUGUUUUUGCAAAAAAUGCUUUAAACUGUUUUUUCCGCAAAAUUGAACUUUUAAAAGGUUUUUUUUGCAAAUUUUCCUAAAAAGUUUGAGGCCCUUGUGCUAAUUAUAAAUUUGGGUCCUAAAUAUAGAAGUAUUAUGCAUAGAUUGAAAAAUUAUAAAUAAUGUAUUCUGUAUAUUAUAUUAUUGUUAAAUUACUUUUGAAAGAAUAAAGCUUGAGUUCGAACAAUAUGAAAAAAAAAAAAAUUAAUAAGUCUUUUAGACCCUCUAAACAGCGGGGCCGUUCUGUUGAUGCAAUUGCACGCGCAACUAGACAAUCCUUUUUCUGCUCUACGUAGGUGUUAUUGGCACUCUAUUAUUGUACGACGGUUGCAAAUCCUUAAGUUGUUUUGUUGUGAGAACUCCUUCAUUAGUAGAGUUCAAGACGUCAUAAGAGAAACUGUAAAAAAAAAAUCAAGAAGCUAGAGAGUCAGACCGUUCAAUGAUUUGGAUUCAGGUCAUUUUCUGGAACAAUUAACGGUGUUGCUAGCUGUGUGAAACUCAGGACACUGAAGAGCUGACUAUUUAGGUAUGGUAAAUAUGGGAAAAAAAGUCCUCGAAAGGUGACUUUUCUGUCACUAGAUUUUCCAUAAAUUAUGCCAAAUAAAGAUCAACGACAAAUCCAACCACAAACAAUAUGUCGCGGAGUCCUUUUCUCUUUUUUAUUGUUAUAGAAAAUAAUGAUUUUUUUUUGCCUUUACGAAAACAUUUCAGGCAAAUAGGAAACACUUUUUUAACAAACCACCAAUGGAAACAGAUAGUACCAGUUAAUGAUUUUCGUUAAGCUUGACCAUUCGAUUCUGCCAUUAAGUUACAAAUGGUAAUCAUGUGGCUUUUAUCAACUCCAAUUUGAAGCUCGAAUUGGAGGGAUUUGUCCAAUGAACCCAUAAACACACGGUAGAAAAUUCCCCAUAUUAGUGUUCUGAAUGGUGGAGAAAAGGUUGAAGAAGGUUAGAGGACAAUAAUUUGAAAGUCAAUGGUGGAACAAACAACUAAACUUAAUAGAACGGUCGUCUGGUAAUAUUUUGAAAUAAAUUUGUGGUAAAAAGUAGUUUUUUUAAUAAGAAAACAAAUUAAACUUAUAAAGAAAUCCCAACUUAUCCAGAGUAAGAAUCGAUUCGAAAACCUCCCGAAAUCAAAAAGAAAACUCUAAUCACUAGACUAUUCUUUACUCUUAAGUACCCUCUACAUAUAUGUGCUGCUUAAAAAAUGGUCCCGGCGGUGCACUACAAGUCUACAACCACUUUUACAGAUUUUUGUAACUCAAUAAUCAUUGCCCUUUUCUAUAAAUAUCUUGACCAUUUUAAGCACUUGCAACGGAUUACCAAGUCCGUUUACAUUUAAUACGAUGAUUGUUCGUUCUUUUAUAGUUUUAGAUCGUACAGAAUUGUAAAUGAAUUGAUGACCAAUAAUGCAAGUAUAAUUCCAUUUUGUGAUUAUCAAAUGUCCAGUGUAUUAAACAAGUUUCAAAACAAAGUUGGUGGGUUCCCAUCUAAUAAAUUUUUUUAUUCCUUCAAAGGUAAUUGAUCACUAAUCAGUGUCCAAAAAACCUAUAUAAAUAUAUUAAAAGGCGUGCGAAAACAAGAAAUUAUGUGUACAAUAAAAAAAUUAAGAAAUUGCAUAGUAUAAGGUUUGAUCCCAAGACCUCAAGUACAUAUACUAAAGUUUUAACCACUAGACUAAGUUGUAUUUAGUGUUAUUAUCAUAAAACAUUAUAUUAAUAAAUAAAAUUUUUUAUUACCCGAGGCAUAGCCCGAGACUAUAAAAAAUACUUUUGUUAAAUAGGGCGCAUCUAGAAUUUUGGUUUAGUGGUAGCACGGGUCGGUAAAGAAGAAUUUUGCUAGCUAGCUUGGUUGAGAUGAAAGGAAAAUUGAAUUAGAAUUAAUUCAAUUUUUAUUGGGGGUCCCUAUUUAAGAAAAAAAUUGAGAUAUUUUAUGUUCAUGAUUUUGAAAUACACAAAUGCAGAGAACACAAGAAUUUAUUUAAUAGAGAAGGUAUUGGGUCAGACGCGUCCGACCAUAAUAUUUGGUCGGGCGAUUUUCAGUUGGUUUCAUUUUUUUUUUUUCCGUUAGUUUCAAAUUUUUUUCAAUUGGUUUCAAUUUUUGUUCAGAAGACCAAAUGAAAGAAAAACAAUACAAGCUGAAAGAAUUUACACACCAACUAAAAGAACACAAAAGAUCAAAUGAAAGAAAAACAACACAAGCUGAAAGAAUUUAAACACCAACUGAAAGAACACAGAAGACCAAAUGAAAGAAAAACAACACAAACUGCAAGAAUUUACACACCAACUGAAAGAAUACAGAAGACCAAAUGAAAGAAAAACAACACAAACUGAAAGAAUUUAAAUACCAACUGAAAAAACAUAAAAGACCAAAUGAAAGAAAAAUCAUAUCACAAGAAGGAAAACAUUAUCUUUUCAUUCUCUCUCUCCUCUUUCCAAAAAUUGCAAAAAAAAACAUUAUAACUUCUUAGAAGCGUUAGAACUACAUUUAAAGAAAAAAAACGAUCAACACAAAUUUUUUUUUUUUAAAAAAAGAUCAACUAAACUAUCAAGCAAGAGAUUAAUGGCCAAAAAAUUUCGAAAUACCUGGAAUCAUCUUCUCUUCCCCUCUUAACUACCAUGGUCGAGUUGAUCAAAUGCAAAAGUAGAAAUCAAACGUAAAACUUUGAGGUUAGAGAAUUUCGGAGUAGAAAAUAUAAGAAAGAUUUUGAAAUUUAGGAAUGGAGUUUGAAAUUUAGCAAUGGAGUGAAAAACUGCUAAAUUAGAGGUAACCGUUGAAUAAACUGGGAGAAGUGGAAAGCAAAAAAUAAAAAAAUAAAAAAAAAAAAAACACACGCGUGCGAAAUAUGAAUUGGGCUCGGCCAGUCUAAUAGUAUUAUUGGGUCAGACGGUCCGAUCCAAUAGUUUCACUAUUUAAUAAUUCAACUAACAUUUUCUAAAUCGCAUUGUAAUUUGAUAUCAUAUUACUAUAAACCGACAUCAAAGCACAUAUCACACAUCCACGACAUCAUAAUUUAAUUAUUAUAUUAUUCUAGCAUUCACAUAUGUUAAUUCAUAGUUGAAAAUUCACAAUGCACCAUUCAAAUGCCACAAAUUUGUAAUUCCACAAUUGAUAAAUCAGAAAUCACAAGUUCAUUCUAUAAAUCAACAACUAGCCAAUAUAAGAUGAGAAAAGAAGUAAGAACAUCUAAGAAAGAAAGAAAAUUCAAGCAAUUUACUAAAAAUUCUCAUCACUAAAAAUUUGCUAACAAUUUAUUCGCUAAAAAUUCAUUUCCAGAAUUACAAUAAAAUAACAAUAUUCUAAUAAUUCAUUCACUAACAAAUGAAAUUGACGCAUCUAAAUAUCCAAUUUCCGAUUAAACCAUCAAAGAAAAAGAAAAAGAAAAAUAAAAGAUUAAGAGAUCAAGAUCCAUACACAGACGACGACGGAGGAACUCUAUCUCCAAGCGGCGGGAAGAGAAUAAGAGAUAGAGAUAAGAGACUCGAAGAAAAAUAAGGACCCGACUCAGCAUCAACGAUGAGCAAAAGUAGGAAGAAGAACACCGAGAGAGAGUAAAGGAAAAGUGGACGAGGGUUGCAGAAGCCGGAAUGCCGGAAGAGACGAAGAGUAGAAGAAACAAGAUUUAGGUUGAGAUUUUGUUUUUUGGAAACUUUUUUAAAAAAAUAACAACUGCCAUUGUUGUUAAGGCCUAAGAGUUAAGAGUACAGUGUGAUCGGUUCUAUACUCUGUAGUUUGCUAUUGGAUAGAGGGGUCAUAGCAAGGAUUGUGCAAAAUUAAAUAUAAUACCAUGACUUUAUCAGUAUUACCAUGAAAGCUUUGCUAAUAAGUCAUUGGUGCAUUAACGAGAACCUUAUUAUGGGUCGGUUCUCUUUCAUCUUAAAAAAAGAUAAAUUUAGAAGGUGUUUAUGUCCACUUAGGUGUAAUAAGUUUCAUUUACAUUGGUUCACGUGAAGAUAGGGCUUCCUUUCAUUUUAUUAGUGCUUAUCGGUUCCCUCAUUCAUGCAUUUUUACUGAUCCAUUUAUGCAUUCUUGGUAGCCGGCGUCACACCAUGGCCUAAAAGUGUGGGCCCGUUAUAAAUUAGAGUUUCGUUAAACAAAGACUUAGGCCCCAUUCUUUUGAACGAUCUGAAACUGAGUUGAAUUGAAUUGAAAUGCUAAUGAUAAUAAUAAUAAUAUUAUUAAUUAUUAUUACUAACAAUGAUGAUAAUAAUAAGAAAGAAAAAAAAAUACGAAAUUAAUUGUAAUAGUAAUAAUAAAACAAAAAUAAUAAUUAAAAUAUUGAGCUGAAUUGAACUAAACUAAAUUAAAUUUAAUGAGCUAAGGUGAACAUAAUGGAAAAUAAAUCUAAAAAGAGAAAAGGGCUUAGUUGUUCAUUAUUGUUUAUUGUAGUUAGAUAAACCCUUACACUCUUGCUGAAAAUGACUGAAUCACGAGCCUGGUCCUGAUCUGUCUAUCCACCAACCUGCAUCAAAAUUUCAUUUUUAGAUGAUUGAUGAACUAUAGUUUUGUCCACAUAGAUGAUUGAUCAUUCUUUGAGGAGGAAUUAACAUAUUGUACGGCAAAAAUAAAAAGCAUUUCGAUUGAUAAUUUUGUCAUCUUAUAGCUUUACAUUGACUACUAACCAAAUCUGGUACAUUUCAAGAAUCAACUUCAACCUCAUGUUUCAACACUUAUGUUUCAGAAAGACCCCACGAAAAUUUCUCUACCAAAAACAAAAUUAUUUUUUCAUGUGGACCGACCAGCUUAUGUCAAAGUCAUAUGACAAUAAAUGAAUGGGCUACUUUGAAUUCUAUUAGAUGCCAACUUUAUAAUGAAAAACAUUGUUCUAGUUAUUGAGCUGAAUAAUUCAGAAUGAAUUAUAUGGUCUAAUGUGUGCUGUCACAGGAAAAGAAAAGAGUAAGAGAAAGCAUAGCAAAAGCAUGUAUAGGCCAAUAUCUGAUGUUACUAGUGAUCUCACCAUUGAAAUGGGCGGGUCCAGCUUCGCACUUCACAAAUUUCCUCUUGUUUCUCGCAGUGGAAGAAUCCGGAAACUCUUAUUGGAGGCUAAAGAUUCAAAAUCAUCGAGGAUUAGUCUUCCUACAGUGCCUGGUGGAUCAGAGGCAUUUGAGCUUGCUGCCAAGUUCUGUUAUGGAAUCAAUGUCGAGAUCACUCUUUCAAAUGUAGCUAUGCUGCGGUGUGCAGCACAUUUCCUCGAAAUGACCGAUGAUUAUGCAGAAAAGAGCUUGGAAACACGAACUGAGGUAUAUCUAAAAGACACGGUCCUCACUAAUAUAUCAAAUUCUAUAUUGGUUCUACACAGAUGCGAGACACUGUUGCCUAUAGCAGAGGACAUUAAUCUUGUUGACAGGAUAGUUACAGCAAUUGCUAACAAUGCUAGCAAGGAACAACUUUGUUCGGGAUUAUUGAAACUCGAGCAUAAUUUUGUUACCAAAGGGUUAUCAAAUUUGGAGCCAGAAACACCGGCAAAUUGGUGGGGGAAAUCACUGACGGUCUUAAAUCUUGAUUAUUUUAAAAGGGUUUUAUCAGCAGUGAAAUUGAAGGGUCUUAAACAAGAUAUUAUCAGCAAGAUUUUGAUAAACUAUGCUCAAACAUCACUUCAAGGUGUAGUUGUAAGAGACCUACAACUUCAAAAGGGAAAUUACAUAGAUUUAGAACUUCAGAAGAAACAAAGAACACUUGUUGAAGCAAUGGUAAGCUUGUUACCAACACAAUCCAGGAAAAGCACUGUUCCUAUGGCAUUCCUUUCGAGCUUAUUGAAGAGUGCGAUUGCACAGUUAGCAUCUACAUCAUGUAGGACGGAUUUAGAGAGAAGGAUUGGCUUGCAAUUAGACCAAGCAAUCUUGGAAGAUAUACUUAUUCCUUCUAGUUCCCAUGGGAACAAUCAUAGUCCCAUGUAUGAUAUUGAUUCAGUGUUGAGGAUUUUCUCUACCUUUCUGAACUUGGAUGAGGAUGACGAUGAUGACGAUGAUACUCUUUUGAGGGAUCAGAGUGAGAUGAUGUAUAGUUUUGAUAGCCCUGGAUCUCCUAAGCAAAGCUCAAUUAUAAAGGUUUCCAAGUUGUUAGACAACUUUCUUGCAGAAGUUGCGUUGGAUUCAAACCUGACACCAUCCAAAUUCAUAGCUCUUGCGGAAUUGCUGCCGGAUCAUGCUCGCGUUGUUACUGAUGGCCUCUAUAGAGCAGCUGAUAUCUUCCUUAAGGUUCAUCCAAAUAUCAAGGACUCAGAAAGAUACCGACUAUGCAAAACAAUCGAUUGUCAAAAACUCUCCCAAGAAGCAUGCAGUCAUGCAGCUCAGAAUGAACGACUGCCAGUACAAAUGGCAGUUCAAGUACUCUACUUCGAACAAAUCAGGCUUAGAAAUGCUAUGAAUGGAGGCCACAACCAGCUAUUCUUUGGAUCAGUCAAUGGACAUCAUUUCCCACAAAGAUCAAGCAGUGGAGCAGGAAGUGGAGCCAUAUCUCCUAGGGACAAUUACGCCUCUGUUCGAAGAGAGAAUCGCGAGCUUAAGUUGGAAGUCGCAAGGAUGCGAAUGAGGUUAACUGACUUAGAAAAAGAUCAUGUUUCUAUGAAACAAGAACUGGUAAGAACACAUCCUGCAAAUAAGUUGUUCAAGUCAUUUACCAAGAAACUUAGUAAGCUUAAUGCCCUUUUUCGGCUUAACAGUACUGGUAAGCCAUUAGGGUCUAAGGCUAACUCGGAAUCGCGAUUCUUCUUCCAGAGGCGAAGGCGCCAUUCUGUUGGAUGAAUUUCUUAUUCUUAUAAUGUCUAUACAUACAAAUGUAAGUGUAUAGCUAUGUAGCACGGAAGUUCAUCCAUUUCCGAACUUCACUAGCUAAAAGAUGGCUCAGGUUUCGUAAACGUGUCUUUAUACCGGGGCUUCAUAGGUGUAUAGUGUACUUAAUUAGUGUUAAUUGUUGUCUAAAUAGUGUAGAUAGGUUUUUUGUGAUAUUAAUUUGUUGAUUUUUUCCCAAAUGUUGGGUGGUUCUGUGUGCCUUGAGUUAAGCCUUGUGGCUUCUUCUUUUUUUGUGUUACUCCUAUAUCAUAGAUGUGUAAAAUUUUCUUUCAACAAAGUGUCAUCAGAGGAAAAAUAAUAUAAGAAGUACAAUCUUUGUAAUCUGAAGAUCAUGAAAAUGUAAACGUUGGAGGUUGAUUUUGGACAGUGUUCA